AUGGGAAAUCAAAUUUCGAAGAAAAAGAAUAAACUUAAGGAAAAGACUAAAUCUGGCUCGGUGCAGAAUAAUAGAAGGCAGUCUUCACAGAUACCGCCGCAAGGCAAACAAUCAAUAACAAGUGAUAAUGAAUACAGUGUAAAUACGGCACAGUCCAUCAAUUCUAUUUUGAUUACUUCCUCUCAACAUCGUCGAAAUCAGCAACAACAAGCACAGCAGCAAAACACUAAUAGUACUAAUAACAACAAUGCACUGUCUCAACUCAACCCUGACUAUCCUGUGGACACAAUUCAAAAUAGAGAUGCUUUCAUGGGCAAAGUAGCUCAUCCACAGCAGCAUAAACUUUUGGCUCAGUCCGAUUUUUGGCCACCAAGAAAACCUACUGGACAAACGUUAGAUGUGAACGAUAUCGAUAAUAAUAACCAAUUGACUGUCAGCUCGAUGAACCAACUCACUGUAAAUUCAAUGAUGAGUAUGACACAAGGCAUUGUCCAGAUUGACGAUUAUAUUCGACGCCUAUUAGAUGCUGGUUAUGCUUCAAAAGUAUCCAAACAAUUAUGCUUGAAGAAUUCUGAAGUUACAGCUAUUUGUAGAGCAGCAAUGGAAAUAUUUUUAAGUCAGCCUUCCUUACUGGAAUUAUCAGCACCUGUAAAAAUUGUGGGUGACACACAUGGGCAAUAUACAGAUUUGAUAAGACUGUUUGAAAUGGGAGGCUUUCCUCCAGCGGCCAAUUAUUUAUUCUUAGGAGACUAUGUUGAUAGAGGAAAGCAAAGUCUAGAGACGUUUUUGUUAUUGCUAUGCUAUAAAAUCAAAUAUCCAGAAAAUUUCUUUAUUCUCAGAGGAAAUCAUGAAUCAGCUAAUGUUACCAAAGUUUAUGGCUUUUAUGAUGAAUGUAAACGCCGUCUUAGUCCAAAAAUGUGGCGAACAUUUGUAGAUGUUUUCAACACGUUACCCAUUGCAGGAUUGGUUGCAGGUAAAAUCUUUUGCGUUCAUGGCGGAUUAUCGCCGUCCUUACACAGUAUGGACGAUAUUCGAAAUAUUCAACGUCCCACGGAUGUGCCUGACUAUGGCUUAUUGAACGACUUACUAUGGGCUGAUCCUGCUGAUAUUCCAGUCGACUGGGAAGAUAAUGAAAGAGGCGUAUCUUACUGUUUUGGUAAAAAAGUCAUCAACGAGUUCCUGGCCAAGUUCGACUUGGAUUUAGUCUGUAGAGCUCACAUGGUGGUCGAAGAUGGAUACCAAUUCUUCAAUGAACGUACGUUAGUUACAGUCUUCAGUGCGCCUAAUUAUUGCGGUGAAUUUGAUAAUUUUGGUGCCAUCAUGAGUGUGAGCGAAGAAUUAUUAUGCAGUUUCGAAUUAUUAACACCGUCCGAUCAUCCUCUUGCCAAAAAGAAAUAA